UUGAGAAACGUGUGAUGGUUCUCCGCGAUACUGUUUAACAAAAGAGCUCGCUCUUGAUACUAAAUUACGCCUCGAGUCCACUUCUCAUAUGCAUAUUCGUUCUAUUUAAUUUCUAAAAUCUUACGCCCUCCCGUAUGACGUUUUAGUGGACUUACAACCUUAUAUGUCAGCUUACAAAAUUAUUCGUUUCAAAACUGUAAAAAACUGCCUGUCACUUCGAUUAGCGGCAAAUUUCGAAAUUGCUGACAAACUGAAGUGUUUUGAUGAGUCUUAUGUCGACUCGUUCAUAUAUAUCCUUCCUUAGUUUUUUUCCAAAUGGUUGUAAUCCAUUUGAUCAAGCUAAGAUCCUGUGGUGGGAGGGAAAUCGAACUGUCGUAAUGGCGUCUGUACUUAGCAUAAAUAAAUAGUCCAGAUUAACUUUCAGAAACUACAUUACUACCAAAUAUCCCCGGCGCCUUAAACAAAAAAAUUUCCAUUACGACAAAAUCUAAAUCUCAAAGCAAUCAAACAUCAAUUUGAAAUAACGACAGAGCACGGCAUUGUGACAUGAGAUAACGAUAGAUAUAUAUAGGUCAAACAUAGCGUCAAAAAUAACAUAUGUUCAACAUUAAUCACGUAAAUUCCCACAACGGAGGAAAACUGGCCAAACCAUUAAGCCAAGAGACGAUCAUCUAUAUGGUUAAUACAGUUUCUUUGCGUCAGUGAUAAAAGUAAAUGAUUUGGCGCGUCCGAUCACGUGACGUGUUAAUUUCUAUAAUUGCCGUAUUUGUGGUUUUCUUGUCUUUCAUUGGUUAAAGUUAACCUGUUGUUUCUCCUUAAUCAUCCAUGUGAUUUCAUUAUUAGCGAAUGUCCAAUCGCUUAAGAGGUUAUCAGGACCUAGAUCUGUUUAUUAAACUCGCAUCAAGGCGAGUUCUUUAAAUUUAACGUCAUGUUUCAAUUCCGGGUCAAAGGAUCAGACUACCCUCCACGAAUCAUAGAAUUUUGUUCGUCGUUAGGAGGCAUGUACAUUCAUAAAACUCCUCACGAUUCCGUCCUCUUAAAGCGCCCUCGUAGUGUUUACUAGGACUUAAAGAAAAUAUCUAACUGAUUCAAGCAUAAAGUUCAAGACAGCUGAACUACAAUCAAGAUAGUAUUGACCAUUGAAGCAGCGAAGACUUUCAACAGACAAAUUCAGAGAGUCUACUGGGUCAAGAGAGUCGAGUGGGUUAAAGGGUUCCUAAAGGUCGUGCGCCUUCAUUUACGUGAAGUAGACGGUUUGCCAAAUAAGCACAUUCAAUAGCAAAGGACUUCAGGACUCACUAUGAAUUUUACAUCGAAUGCGCUCCAUACAGGAUUAAAUGGCCUUGUAAACACAACAAGCCUCGCAGCAGAUGAAAACAUCACCACUAUUCUUCCCACCACAUUAAAUGCUUUGGUAAACAUCACUUACUCAACAGGAAGUUUUCGGUAUACGACAGACAUAUACCCAACGGUAGUAGAUACACUGUUUAACAGGACAAAUGCAACAACGAAGAGUUUAUUUGAAGUUACGAAUAAGAUUCAGCCAACAGCCACAAGCAUAGUCGCAGCUGUAUUCACUGGUGUAUUAAUUAUUCUUACACUGGGAGGAAACUUUAUUGUUGUUGCUAGUUUCUGCACGUUCCAUGAUUUGAGAACCAUUUGUAAUUUCUUUAUCAUUUCAUUAAGUGUGUCGGAUAUCAUGGUGGCUUUAUUCGCCAUGCCUUUCUGGUUCGUGACCCAGCUUCACAACGGCAUGUGGAAACUAGACUCCCAUUUGAAGAAUUUCUGGGAUUGUAUGGACAUUUUGUGCGGUACUGCAUCUAUCAUGAACUUAACCGCUGUCAGCUUUGACCGUCAACUUGCCAUCACGUCGCCAUUUUCAUACACUAAAACGCUGACCAAAAAGCGCGCGGUCUUGUUGAUAUGUUUUGUAUGGCUGUACGCAAUAGGAAUGGCUUCUGUUCGUCAAUUGAAAGGACCUAAUUGGCCUUUUCCUGUUUAUCUUCAUUUCGUGGCUACUUUUAGCUUCUUUCUACCGUUGGCAGUCAUGCUGAUCAUGUACGUUAGGAUUUACUUGAUUGCAAGGUACCAAGCACGUCGUAUCGGCAAGAACUACGCCAACGACAUCAAAGCAGCAAAAACAAUCGCAGUCGUAAUCGGAGUAUUCACAUGUUGUUGGUUACCGUUUUUCAUCGUUGUAGUACUCUUUGCAAAUUAUGGCUUCUCGUUUCCAGUUCCCAAUGAUGUUUUCUACGUCACGAAGUGGUUAGAGUAUUUAAACAGCUGUCUUAACCCUAUCAUAUACACAUGCCUUAACCGGACAUACAGAAGGGCCUUUCGUAGGCUGUUUUUACGAUGUAGGAAGAAAAUUCAAAGAGAUACAGACUUUUCCACCGAUUCUGCGUGGCAUAAUACCGAAGGUAGACCGUCCGUAUCUCAUAUAACAGCAUAUUUGACAAAACAUAAGCCUAAAAGUUAUUUGACCAAUGGAAAUCAAAUGCUUACAAAAGUUGACGAGGGUGGUACUGAUGUUUGAGCCGAUGUUUCAGUUGGACAGCGGUUCUCAUACUGUGUCCAUACUCACUCAUUAGAAUUGACUUGACUUAAACUCAACAACUGUAAAGAAAAGUUAUUACCUUCAGCAAAAACAGAUACAACUAAUUAAAUUCUUGUCGGGCUCAAAAAGGUGAAAUCAUCGAAGCUAAGACCGAAGGGGAUUUUAGGUACUUGGACUUUUUGCCUAAAGACGUACAUUAUCAACUCAUCUCUCGUGGAGAAGGCGAUGUUUAUUCAGUGCAUAAAUUGUUAGGGAACGGAAAUAUUACUAGACGCACGAUGUUGGUACUAAUUUUGUACCUUUCCAUGCUCCCUUUCAGUCCAAGCUUCGUUAUAACAUUUUCGAACAAGUGUUUUUCGAUCACUGAUGGAUCUUCCCUAAACAGAUCUAGAAAUCAUUCCAUGCGAUAUUAGAUUUGUUAUACGUCAUAAGGUAAUUCAUUGUUUAAUUCUAGACGAUGACCCUUUGCAAUAUCUAGUUAUAACCUACUAUUGAUUGUACGAUCAUAAAAAUCACCUAAUUCCAGGCGAUAAAUGAUGACUGGUCCUAACCUUCUAAAACCGUUUAGAAUGUCAUAAUCAUAAGAAUUGAAAUAUCCCAUUUUGUUUAGUUUAAAAGCAAAAUGGUUUGUACAAUAUGAAGGUAUGACUCAGAACAAAAUCUGCGAGACAUUUCCCAUUUACGCCUUAUUUUUCUUACCACCAAUCAACGGCCUCUUAUACAAAUAAGGAGGGGGUUUGUAUACCUCUCCUUAUUGUUGAUUUUCCAAUAAUUUGUGUUUCAGGGGGUUAAUGUAUACCCUCUGACACUUACUCCCAUUAUUCGUCAACCCUUUUUGAUUAAUAAAUACAAAGGAAGUCAUGGAAUAAAUCACCCUUAGCUUGAAAAGUUCCAAGGGCUUUAUGUUGUUGUAACACAAAUCAAAUCAUAUAUAUAAUCACAGCAAUAAAAAAAACUACAAUCUUUAACAUAAUUGUUGGUACACUAUUUUUAAAAUGUUUGAACCCUAUUUUUAAAUCAAUAUUAUAGGGUUAUAGAAAUAUUGGCCCUUGCCGUGGCCAAGCCCCACAUUUGACAGACCAGUUUGGGUAAAGAUUGUAGAAUAUAUUGUGUAUUUUUACAAAUCAUAACAAAUCAUAUUGAGACGUGAUGGGAUAAUGUUAAAUAUUAAUAUUAUCAUUCGUAAAAUUUAGAGAAUAUUGUAAGUCAUACGUAACUGUUUCUAUUGUACAUUAAAGUGAAAAACCCGUGAAAUAGAUAUUACAUUUAUACACCUUAGUACAUUCUAACUGCAUUCUUAUGUUCUUUGUGCCUAUUUGACUAUCGAACUUUAAUAGUAAAGCUUUGUUUCGCGGUUUUAAAAACUUCGGUCUAUUAAACAAAAUAUGGAUCCCUAAAGAAAAGUUACAUAAUUAUACACUAAGUGUAUUGACUGAUAGCUCACGGAUAGGAAUAGUGGUCAAUAAAGAAUAUCUAAACAAGCUGCAUUA